GUGGACAAUCAAUUUAUGUCAGGACCUUAUCAGUAUACACAAUUCUCCACAUUAUUGCAGUCAUGCUCCGAACUACCUUCUUUUUGGUGUUUCUCUGUGUGGCAUCUGCCAACAAGCCAACCUAUGAAACAUUGUUCGAGCAUUAUGACAAUUCUCAAGGUGCAAUGCCCCAUACCCUAUUCCACAACUUUUGGAUGAUGACAUUUGAUUCGAAUCACGACUCUCGGAUCACCUCAAGUGAAUUUAUGCACGAGUGGGGAGCCCACCGCCUUCCUCACUCGGACCACGCCCUUCUUUUCUUUCUGGAGAUGGACGUUAAUCAUGACACGGUCAUCGACGUUUCGGAUCUUGAUAAACUUUUCCCCAUUUUCGAUAAGAACGAAGACACCUUUAUUGAAAAUACAGAGUUCUACGAUGUUUGGAAUGCACUUUUUGAUGACGUUCUUGACCUUCAUCACAAGUAGAAAAGGAUGCUCAUAAACUAUUACCCUCCAAAUUCAAGACCUUCACCCUGGCAGACAUUUGUUUUACACGGUGUUAUUGUGUUGAACGUUAAUCACUUUCGUAGUAAGUGGAAAAGUAUGGCCGCGACAAAAAAAAAAUAAUGAUGAUAAAUCCAGAAUUUAAAGACACUCUCUGUGGACGUCAGCUUAUGAGCUUCACCCGGCGCAGAUAUUUUUAUCGUGGUUUAUUCAUGUUUCUCUUCUAUUUUCAUUUUCUCUUGCAAUCAGUUCUUUAUAUUUUCUUUGUUUUAAACUAUGCAACGAAUUGGCGUCAAACGACCGUGAUGACCGUAGCACACCAUACAUGUAAGACUAUAUACUUAUUAGUCGUAAUUGAGUUUUAAAAUGUAUUGUAUCUUUUUUUAUCCUAACCCUGUGCGUUUACAUUCAUUUUUUUAAUGCGGAAAUAGGUUUACGCUUUGACUAAAGUAUAUUUCGUUCAAAGUCUUAAAGCGAGUUAAAAUCAAUACAAUGUAGAAGAGGAAAUAUUUUUAUUGAAUCAUCUCAAAAGAAGGAAAUUACAUGUAUACGUACACAAUGUUUAGUAUUUUAAUAAAUGUCGCAUCUCUCCUAUAACGGGUGAAAAUUUUGCAAUUAAAA